UUUACAUGUGAAUCACUUUACGAUAAAUGAACAACUGUAAAGAAAGAAAGAAAGAUUUGUUAUUAAGYGGAAGACGCUCAAGGGCUCAACAACUAAGCAACAUUUGCUGAUCUGUGCACGGUGUUUGCGCAGAGAAGCAUUUCAAUCAAAAUGUCAAGGUCUUUCAUCUCUUUUCUGGUCCUUUUCUCUAUUCUUUGUGUUGCUGUUGGAACUACAUACGGCGGAUAUGGUGGUCAAAUGAACUGCAAACCAGGUACUAAAGUGUACGAUCGCUGUCGGCAACUCUGCUAUUGUUCUUCAAGUGGUUCCCUGACAAACUGUACUCGAUUGAGAAAGGAGUUUACCUCUAUGUCAGCAGAGGAACGACGACUGUAUAUACGUACCUUAAAAAAGGCAUCUACCCAUCCAAGGUUCAAAAGCUUGUACGACAAGCUCAUCACUAUGCACAUGAAGUACUUCGCGAGUGAGAUUCACCAGAAGAUUCACUUCCUUACAUGGCAUCGUUGGUAUCUUCUUCAGUUUGAGAAUUUACUCCGAAGUGUAAACUGUAAAGUGACCUUACCCUACUGGGACUGGAGUAUUGUCUCUGGGGAUCCAUGGGGGACGGACCCUGACGACCUUUGGUGCGCAGGCAGCACUGGUUUUGGCGGGAACGGCGCAUCUUCAGAUCAAUGUGUUGAUACAGGACCCUUUGCUAAAGGUGUUUGGCAACUUGUUCCUGAGGCAAACCCAAAUUGCCAACGAAGAGAAUUCAAUGGCUAUCCUCCAGAUUCUGUUGCUGUAGCUGAGCUGCUCGACAUCGAGCCUGACAACUUCACAGAUUUUGAAAGCAGCCUAAGAAUCAGCUUCCAUGACACGGUUCACUGUUUGAUUGGUGGAACGAUGUGUUCGUAUGAUUCGUCCAGCGCACCCGAGUUCUUUUUGCAUCACUGUUUUAUUGAUAAGAUCUGGGCAGAUUGGCAGAACAAGAGUGAAUACCACAAAGAGGUCUAUUUCCAUGAUCUUGAAGCUCCUCUUCCUGGUACUGGUGGAGUAAUGCCUAAAGAUGUGUUGGACUUGAAUAAUUUGCCAGGCGAUGUAAGAGUCGAUUAUUUGGAUGUCAAUGACACUGAAACUGCCAACUUCGUCAAGGAAAUUAGAAACUUCAGCCCUCUGAAGCUUCAAAACAUUCCACGUCCAGACUUCAAAGCAAUCAGCACACGUGCUCUGAAACUCUUCCACGUGAAUAUCAAAGAAGCAGCGAGGGCAAGGAAAAAACAAAAGAAAUUCAGGCCGAAAAUUGUAAGACAAAGAAAGCUUGGAGUAAAAUCUCGACGUGAUCGAAAACUUGGAUUCAACCACCGGAUUGUUAUCGCAAUGAAGUCAAAGGUGUCAGCAGCAGCUAGAGCCAGGGCUAGGAAACUAGCAAGGGCUCGUGCUUUGGCCUGGAAAAAAGCAAGAGCGAGAGCGAGAGCGAGAGCAAAAGCAAGAAGGAAAGAAAGGGCAAGAGCACGGGCAUUGGCUAGAGCAAGGGCAAGGGCAAAAGCCAAAGCAAGAGCUAAAGCAAGAGCAGAGGCAAGGGCAAGAGCAUUAGCGAAGGCCAAAGCAAGGGCAAAGGCAAGAGCUCAAGCAAGAGCUAAAGCAAUAGCGAAGGCAAAAGCAAAGGCGAAGGCCAGAGCACUUGCGAGGAUUAAAGCAUUGAAGGCAGCUAGGGCAAAGGCUGUGGCUAAAGCAAAGGCGCAGGCAUUACAGAGAGCGAAAGCAAAAGCAAAAGCAAUGGCGAUAGCAAGAGCAAAGGCAGAGGCUGCGGCCAAAGCCAAACAGGCUGCUAAACCAUAUCAGCAAGGAGGAGCCAAUGUAAGCCCUACAAAACAACCAAACCAGCAAGGAGGAGCUAAUGUUAAACCUGCCUAUUCCUAGAGACAAGGUCGGAGACUGCUUGCAUUUUUAAAUUGUGGUGUAAUCAAAUUCGGAAUGAGGGAAACCGUUAGAUUUUUUAACUUUUCACAUAAUGUCGAUAGGUAAAGGAUACUAAACUAAUUUACUAAACUUAAAAGAUUGUAAAAAAAAUAUGCAAGAUUCACAUCUUAAAAUCAAAAGUAUUCAAGUUGAAAAAUAUAUUGAUAUUAUUGUUGCAUGAUAUCAUGACUCAGGUUGGAUUGAAGAAUAUGAAGAUAGAAAUACUAUAAAACUGUAGUACAAAACAAGGCAAGGAUGAAAUAAUGUAAUAAACAAGAAGCUCUAAAGCCCAGAA